UUCUUUUCCCAUUCAUUGAGGCCUUGCCUUUCAAUUCCUUAUUUUUGGAAGGAAUUGAAAUGCCAUUUUACAGACUUCUUAGAAUGGGUUGUGGCGUUUCCAAGAUAGAUGCCAAUGGCAUCGCCACACCUAAUAGAUCAAUUCUCCCAAAUUUCCCUACUAGAAAGAAACAAUCAAACAAAUGCAAUAUCCCUCCAAAAACACAACCAAUGUUGUUAAUGCCUGAAAAUGAUGACAGACUUUCCAUUUCUGCUCUAAAAUGUGAUGUUGAUUUGAACUAUGUCGCACCCAAGGCAUAUAAAGAAGACAAUGAUGAAAAAAGGGUCGCGAAAAUAAGGACAAUGGUUGAGGAAGCGGAAAAAAAUGAUGAAAAGGGUAGACUACUACAUGAAGAUGAGGCCGAGGAGGAGGAUGAUGGUCAUGACGAUGAUGAUCAAAGGGCGAUUAAAAAGGUUCAUGUUGGUGAGGAGGAUGGUAAUGCUUUCCCUGGUUCACCGAGUUUUAGGGUUUAUUUUACCGAUAAGGAUGUUGAAACAAAGAAGAUUAAUGACGGUUAUAAUAAGGUGGGCUUGAAGGACGUUACCCCAGUUGCAACUACCAUAUCAUCAACAAAGGUGUGCAUGUGAUUUUCACAAUUAGUUAUGUUCUUUUGCAUUGUUUUUUUUUUCUUUUAGAGAAAAAGCUAAUUAGCC